AUGCUGUCACGUCCGCUCCUCCCCUGUGGGAAGCGCAAGCUUUACAACGCGUUUGGACCACCUGCAAUCAAGUCCUCGUACAAGAGCGGGAUUUGCCCUCCGCUCCAUGUCCGUGCUUUUUCACAGUCCGCGUUCGUGAGACGGGAGGAUGGCGCAAAGAAGGCCGUGCAAGCAACGAAGUUUGCCGAAGCACCUCCAAGCCGGACUGACAACACCGAAGUCACCAAACCAGAGUCCCUGCAACAAAAUGAAACUCUCAAAGCCGAACCAGAGUCUUCCAAGAAAGGAGCUCUCCUCUCGGAAAAAGUAGUGUCCAACAGGGAACAACGCAAAGUUGAUCUGGCUAUCAUGAGGGAAAUGGUCCAGUAUCUGUGGCCCAAGGGAGACUGGGGGACCAAGUUACGAGUCGGUACGGCACUGAGCCUUUUGGUUGGGGCCAAGAUCCUCAACGUCAAUGUUCCCUUCUAUUUCAAAAAUAUUGUGGACUCCAUGAAUAUCGAUUUUCUGGCUGUGGGCGGCACUGCAUGGACAGUGGCAGGCUCGAUGAUAGUGGCAUAUGGAGCGACUCGCAUCGGCGCCACGUUGUUUCAGGAGCUACGAAAUGCUGUCUUUGCCAGUGUGGCUCAGAAGGCCAUCCGGAAGGUGGCAUGCAACGUCUUUCAGCAUCUUUUGCGAUUGGACCUGAAUUUUCACCUAUCGAGACAGACCGGUGGAUUAACAAGAGCCCUGGAUCGCGGGACAAAGGGAAUUAGCUUUCUGUUGACGUCCAUGUUGUUCCACAUUUUCCCGACUGUACUGGAGAUUUCCUUGGUUUGUGGCAUCUUAACGUAUCAGUACGGAGCCCAGUUCGCCGCGAUCACAGCAGCGACGAUGGUCGCAUAUUCGGCCUUUACCAUUACUACGACCUCAUGGAGAACAAAAUUCCGCAAGCAAGCCAACGCCGCUGACAACCAGGGAGCUACGGUGGCCGUUGAUACGCUGAUCAACUACGAGGCGGUCAAAUACUUCAACAAUGAGAAAUUCGAGGUCAACAGAUACGAUGCCGCUUUGAAAAAGUACGAGGAUGCCUCCAUCAAGGUCACCACGUCGUUGGCAUUUUUAAACACCGGCCAGAACGUGAUCUUCUCCAGCGCCCUGGCAGCCAUGAUGUACAUGGCGGCGAAUGGGGUGGCGAGUGGCUCAUUGACGGUGGGAGAUUUAGUCAUGGUCAAUCAACUUGUCUUUCAGUUGUCAGUGCCGCUGAACUUCUUGGGUUCGGUCUAUCGAGAACUUCGACAGUCCCUCCUCGAUAUGGAGACGUUGUUCAACUUGCAAAAAGUCAACGUGACCGUCAAAGAGGUUGCGAAUCCGAGGCCGUUGGCUUUGACCAAAGGCGGCGAGAUCAAGUUUGAAAAUGUCACAUUCGGCUACCACGCUGACCGUUUGAUCCUCCGAAAUCUGAGCAUGACGAUACCUGCGGGUAAGAAGGUCGCCAUCGUCGGUCCCAGUGGAUGCGGGAAAUCGACUAUUCUUCGACUGCUCUUCCGAUUCUAUGAUGCUGACUCUGGGAAGAUCCUCAUUGACGGACAAAACAUUAGGGACGUGAGCCUUGACAGCUUGCGACGGAGUAUCGGUGUGGUCCCGCAAGAUACACCGCUAUUCAACAACACGAUCGAGCACAACAUCAGGUAUGGCAAUGUCGAUGCAUCCUUGGAUGAAGUCAAGAGUGCGGCGAAGCGAGCGCACAUCUACGAUCUCAUUGAGCGCCUGCCGGCUGGAUGGAAUACCAUGGUCGGCGAACGGGGCAUGAUGAUCUCGGGCGGGGAGAAGCAGCGGCUUGCUGUGGCGCGACUGAUUCUCAAAGAUCCCCCUCUUCUGUUCUUCGACGAAGCAACGUCGGCGCUCGAUACUUAUACAGAGCAGACGCUGUUACAGAAUAUCAACAGUAUUUUGAAAGAAAAGGCCCGGACUAGCGUCUUUGUGGCGCAUCGACUCCGCACCAUCUUUGACAGCGACAUCAUCUUCGUCCUCAAGGAGGGCCAAGUGGUUGAACAAGGUACCCACGCCGAGCUGUUGGCGCGCCACGGGCUUUAUGCCGAUCUCUGGGCAGCCCAGGAGGUUUCAAUCGGGCAAGAUAUGACUCUUGAACGAUCGCUGGAAGAACAGCGUCAGAUGGACGAAAAGGAGACCCGAUCUUGA